UGAUCGAGAUAAAAGGAGAAAACCUAAACUUCUUAUCCGAACCAGUAGAGCUAAUAAAUUUUACGCCACCCAAAAUUGUUCGUCUGAAACCUUCAAAGACUUCAAAAAAAGUAUUGAUGAACUCGAACUCUCUCAUUGUUGAAGAGCAGGUAAUUCGUGAAGAUAAUUGGAAUACAAAAAUUUUAAAACGUGCGGAGAAGUUUGUGAAUGAGGCGGCUGAAGACCUUUUGCGCAAAGCUAUACAGAGAUGCUUUGUAUUAUGUAAAAAUGGUGGUGAAAGUGUGGCAGAAAAUCUGUUAAAAUCUGUUGCUGAACUUGAGUGUGUUGUGCUCAAUAGAAAGGUGUCAAAAAUUAAAGAAUACCUCGAUAGUUGUUCAAAUAAGUGGGAAAACAGAGAUGAAUUUCUUGAAAUGAAAAAAAAAACAAACCCGAUAUGCUGUGAUAUCAUUAAGAACAUAUCAUCAGAAAUUUAUGUUGAGAACAAAAAUCAUCAAGUUUGUAUUAUUAUUAUAGUAGGUGUGUGUUAUUGUGAUGGAUUCUUUUUGGGAUUGGGUGCAGCAUCCGCAGCAUUUGCGACAGAAUAUGCAAGUUAUCUUAACCUAGCAAGACUAGCAGGACUUUUGUCUAGUGUGGUAGGUUAUCAAUUUACCUUUUUUCGCCAUAAAUGUGAAGCCAACUACCGGGAAAUUAUCAAAUUCUUAUUGCAACAACUAAAAUCCCCCAAUAACAUGAUGAAUGUAAAAUUCAUUAAUUCGCCUUUCCAUAAUGAGGAAGCGCUUGUCAACAGAUGGAAGGAACUUGGCUAUAUGAAUAAGAAUUCUAAGCAAAUUGUUAAAGAUAUGCCAUUUCGUACGGAUACUGAAGAAUCUGCAACAAAUAUGAUCUUCCCCAGCUUUUCUAUGACAUCUUCUGGUUGA